UGGUCGCUUUAAGUGGUCGCGUCUCGUGUUGUGCCCAGUUCUGUUGCAUGUGUGAAUAGGCAUUGGGAUUCGGAAUCGGUAUCGGUAUCGUGUCGUACAUUGCCGCUGCUGAUUGCGUCUGAUUGGGGGCGGAUCGGAGCUUCAAAUCAAACUCUCCAAACAUAGCCCCGAGCUGGUUGCGAUGCGAACAAAGCGCCGGAAGCUGCUGGUCUGCUGGGCGGCCUUGCAGGCGGGCAGCAGCAUAUUCACCUAUCUGUUGCUUUUGCUGGCACAACAGCAGCAGGCAUUGGCCGGCAUUGUGCCGCCGCCCUGGAGUGACCCGGCAAAGAAUCCGUGUGCCAGCAUGGCCGGCGGCUGGCAGCUACUCUACUGGACGCCGCUCAAGAAAUGCUUUAAGAUAUUCACACUUGGCUACCCCUGUCCGGACACCAUGGAGCUGAGUCCCACGCCAAUAAGCGCCAAGCGGAAAGAUGUGCCCGCGGCCGAGUGCCGCUGCCCGCCGGGCACGGCGCUCAGUCCUAUCUCCGACGCUUGCCACAAGCUGUACGAGCGCGGGCCCUGCCAGCGAGGCGAGUACUUCCAGCCCCUACCAGAACAGGCCAAGAGAGCCGACAACAGGUGGGGCAGCUGUAAGCGGCCUCUGCACUGCGAAGAUGGGAUGCUCUUCUGGCCAAAGGACGGAAAGUGCUACCCGAAACACUCGAAGGGUCCCUGCAUACGGGGAAAGCUGCUCGCACGCAACGAAGACGGCCUGGCCGAGUGCCGCUGUGAAGAUGUGGGCGAGCUGCGACCUUACUAUUACACCGUGGAGGAAUCCUGCUACGAGCACUAUACUAUAGGACCUUGCUCAACGCCGGGUCACAUAUUUUUACCCGGCGGUCGCUGCGACUGCCAGCGACAUCUGCCCCACUAUCACGCUCCACACCAGAUGUGCUACGAGCUAGACACUCCUGGUCCCUGUCCACCUGGUCAUGUCUUCCGCAUACCCGAUGAUAGCGAAACGGAUCAAGGAUCGGACACGCUGCUAACCCUGCCGCAUGCCAAGUGCUUGUGCAAGGAGGGCUAUGUGCCCUGGAGCGACGGUCAUUGUUAUCGCCUCUACACACGCGGACCCUGUGCGGUCAACGAGUUCGUGGUCAAUGAAACCUCCUGUAUACGAAACUUCUGCGGCAAGAACCGGCUCUACUUCCCCGCCGAGGACUCCUGCUACAGAAUCGGUUCACAGGGACCGUGCUCCCUGCACCAGGUGGUGGUAUUUGACUUUACGGCCCGACCAUCGGUAGAUGGAAUCUCCUACAACGGCAUGUGUGGCUGUGCGGGCGUCAUCACAAACCUAGACCAGCAGUGUUCAGCCAGCAACGACCAGGAGAAGAGCAUUUGCGAGGCCACGCCUGGGAUGGUUGAGAUGAAUGGCCAGUGCCAUAAACUGUACUCUCGCGGACCCUGCGGUGCCGGGCAGUGGCUGGAGCCGCUUAAAACACAAUCGACCAACGGCACCUCGCUCUUGAGCUAUGCCAGCAAGGCCAAGUGUGUCUGCCGGCCAGGCUACACGCCGGCCGAGAGAAUGCACGGCGGAACGCACAACUGCAGCGCACCCAGCGUGAGCCUGGCGAGGUAUUUAACCAUCGAGCGACUGAACUCGAAGUUCCUCACUGAACCAAACAACCCGCUUUCGUCCCCAGCAAUAGUAUUACUUUAGUCUAUCCUAUGUCGAACUCUCGAUGCUGUUCUGAUUCGAUUUGUCUACCCAAUUCUCAGCGCAUGUCUUUUCUAUUCAUUUACCUAUGUUUCUAACUUAUCUAUGGCCCGCAGUUUCCGACGCUCUACGAUUUCAUAUUGGAUCAAUCGAUUUAAUCGUUUCAUUUCCUUUUAGGUGGUUCUUAGAUAUAUUUGGCUAACGUUCGCAGCCAAAGCUUGGCUUUAAAAGACGCCAGGGUGGGAGAUUGUGCCAUGAAUGUAUUACCCCAGCAACUGUAUAAAUG